AAUAAAUAAAUAAAAUGGUGAUCCUCCAUUUAUAAAUAAAAAGUUCCACCACAAAAAAAAAAAUUAUAUAUUUUCUUGAUUUAGUUUCCUCCUUCCUCCUCUCCUCCACGGUACUCCGCGAUGGGGGAAUAUGGAAGGCCUCCGCCUUAUGGCGGAGAAUAUUACUAUGCAGAAAGGCGUAGAGGAGGAAAUUUCUGCGUUAGAUGCAUUUGUUGUUGCUAUUGCGUCCUAUUUUUACUCAUAAUUAUUCUAGCCUCGAUAGCCUUCUAUUUCUACAUGUACUACAAACCUAAAAUGCCUACGUACGAUUUUCAAUCCCUUGAUGUUAAGGAUUUCAGAUAUCAACCCGACUUCAGUGUGAAUGCAGAUCUUAUCAUAACGAUGAAAACAGAUAAUCCCAACACAGCUAUAGGGUUUAUUUACGGGGAAGGUAGCUCCGUUAACGUGACAUAUAGCGAUUCGAAUAUUUGUACGGGGAAAUUACCUAGUUUUUAUCAAGGUCAAAAAAAUACAACUAUAUUCCAAAUUGAAUUAAAAGGUAAAAGUACAUUUGGAUCAGGGCUAUAUGAGGCAUUUCAAGAAAAUGAAAAAAAUGGUAAAAUUCCAUUAAAGGUAAUGAUUAAGGUACCUGUGCAAAUUAUUUUGGGAGAUAUUAAAUUAAAACAAUUUAAUGUGUUUGCAAAUGUUACAUUAACUGUUCAUGAUUUGAAGCCUGGCAAAAAACCUGAGGUUGAACAUAGUCAACCAACAUUCGAUGUUAAAUUCUGAUAAAAUCUAUCUUCUCUGUUCUUAUCUGGCGUUCUAUGUGUUUUUUUUAAUUAAUAAUAAGUGUGUACGUAGUACAUACGAUUGUAUUUAUUGGUUCAUAUGUAUAAUAAGCCUGUUUCUGAAAUAUAUAUCAUAUUAAGUAUAUAAGGAUUAAUUGAAAGUCUACAUAGUUUUGUACACUUUUUUUUUAUUUGCAGUUUACAAUGUUACUUAUGAUAGAAUGUACAUAAAAAUUCUGUUUCUUCAAGUUAUUUAACCCAACCACAAAUUUGUCAAUCAUCGUAUAAAGAAUAGUCUAGUGCACUAAAUUUCUACGUGUAAAGUUGUUUGUGGUUCGAUAAAGGGCCAGACGACAUCAACGUAAAUACUCAUAUUUUUAUAGCUAAAGCACUCUAUUGAUUUGAUGUUUCAGAGAGCA